CGCAACUGUGUAGCAAUGUUUCUUGACAUUUCCCAUUCAAAGAAGACGUACAACAUACUACUAUGUUUAUGAAACCUGCUUUUCGCUUGUUUUCAACAAGCGCAGUUUCUUUCUCCGAUUCGGAAAUCUUGCGCACUUUGCAACCUCCUCGUGUAAAGACCAUAUGGAACUUGUUGAUGCAUAGGACCAAGGGUCAACGCGGUGUCACCGAUCGUUGGGACCAAAUUCGCGAUGUGUACUCUAAAUUGGGCCCUGAAGAGGUAAACAAAUUCAAACAAGAAUUUGAGAGUGAGUAUGCUGCGAAAAAGAAGGAGUUUGACGAUCACCUUCGUCAAUUCUCUUUAGCUCAAAUUCGUGAGGAAAACCGUCGUCGUAUGAAAGAGUUGAAGCCUUUGGGUGUUAACUUGCAAAAGCUUCGUCAUCCCGACCUCCCCAAGCGUCCUGCUGGUGCUUUCAAUCUAUUCUUGUUGGAUAUUAUGAACAGCGAGUCUCUCCGUAAGGAAAUGGGCGUCCCUACCCUUAGCCCUUACUUGACUGAGAACAGCCGUAUGGUUAGUGAAUCAUGGAAGAAACUCUCGGAGCAGAAAAGGCAAGAAUAUGUCAAAAAGGCCAAGGACGCUCUCAAGGAAUAUCAUGAAGCUUUAAAGGCUAGUGGUAUUCGUAUCAAGUAAAGCUCCUUAGGACAUGAACCCGUCUAAGCAACCAUUGUUAUUUUGUUUUUUUUUUUUUUUUUCGGUUUCAAAGUUGACUUGACUUGCUUCUAUGAUUGUUUUCCCCCCAAUGAUUAUAAGUAUAAGAUUUACGAAUUGAUUACGAUAAAUGCUUUGCUAUUGUAUAAGCCUGUUACUUUACGAAGUAUAGUGGUGAAAAGCUUGUGAUUCUCUAGUAACUAAAUUUUACAUUCUUUUUCACUAGUGAAUUAUAUUAUAUUUUAUUUUA